AUGGCAAGACCGCAACAGCGGUUUCGAGGUGUGCGACAAAGGCACUGGGGCUCUUGGGUCUCUGAAAUCCGCCACCCUUUAUUAAAGACUAGAAUUUGGCUAGGAACAUUUGAAACGGCUGAAGACGCAGCCAGAGCUUAUGAUGAAGCGGCAAGGCUUAUGUGCGGACCAAGGGCGAGGACCAAUUUCCCUUAUAACCCAAACGCAUCUCAGUCCUCAGCCUCAAAGCUUCUGUCAGCAACUUUGACGGCAAAACUGCAUAGAUGCUACAUGGCUUCCCUCCAAAUGACCAAAACAUCCCUACAGGAGCCUAAAAAACCACAACCUUGUUUCGUUGACACAAAAAAUGACAAUGCUGAGAAGGCCAUUGAACUGGGCAUGAACUUUCCAGAGAAAAAACCAGAAACUCGUCAUGAGCAAGAAGAACCAGAAGAGACGAUGAAUUGGGUUUUCAGUAAAGUUAAAGUAGAAAGCAGCCAGCAACAGUUCAAGCCUCUUGAAGAUGAUCACAUUGAGCAGAUGAUUGAGGAGUUGCUUCAUUAUGGGUCCAUUGAGCUUUGCUCUGCUGUAGCACCACAAGCCCUCUAA